ACGGGUACAAAACGUCGGCAGGUAGUCGUGGAAGAUACAUACGUUGUACUUUGGUCGUUUAACUUAUGUUAUUGUGUCAUUGGUAAUAUCGAUAAUAUUUUCUGAUUUGUGAUUUUCUUGCUGGUAAUUUUAAAAGAUGCCAAGGAGCAAUAAAAGGUUUAUAGCAACUGUAGCUGUCACAUAUCAUGAUGAGGAUGGCCAUGUUGAGAGAGAGGAGGUGAAUUUGUCAGAAUUGGUUACUGAGGAUCAUAGAGGAAGCUGUUCUUUUAACAGUCCUGAUAAUUGUGGUGCAUUGGAAGGCCAUGAACUGGGAAUGGAACAAGAUAACAGUGAUCUUGAAAGUGAUGUUCACCAUGAUUGUGAAGAAUCAUCUUCUUAUUACCAGAAAGUUGAAAGAAAACAAAAAGCAUGGGAAAAUUUGCGACCUUCAAUUAUAAAGAAUACAUUUCAGUUUGCUGGCAAAAAUUGGAGCAAUCUGAAGUGUAUUCAUUGUGAUAAUGACGCAAAGUUUAGGUGCAGCAAUUGUGGUCCAAUGGCAAAGUAUUGUGAGAACUGUAUGUUAAAGAUGCACACAACCGUAAAUAUUUGUCAUCAUGUUGAAAUAUUUAAGGAUGGCAUGUUUUGGCCAUAUAAACUCAUGAACAUGCUGGUGUAUGAUUGUUCAUGCCAAACAGCUCGUCACAAAAGAAGUGUUUCUGUUGUUGAUGUUAAAGUCACCUUUUGUACUGUUGAGAAUUUACAGACAUAAACUAAACAUGUUGAGCUGUGUUAUUCCUGAGCUUGAUGAAGGAAAUAUCUGUCCUACUUGUCCCAAAACUGAUGGUGUGAUCUUUGAGUCUCUUGAUGCUCUAUUUAUUGGACGAAGGAAAAAGCUGGGCAGAGUCUUGGAAAACCUCUACUUGGACAACUGAUGUUCUAUAAUCAGACACAUGUUGAUCAAUUUGUUGCCAAUUAUACCACACCUACAUCAAACAAGGUCAAUGUAGCUUUAAUAUACUUUGUUAUUCUAAUGAAAAUUCAGGCAUGGAAGUUACAGUGCUUUGAAUAUAUUUGAUUUUUUUACAUUCUCUACCACAUAGUUUUUAUUUUCAA